GUUGGCAGGUGUUUUGGGAGUCCUGGCAGCUGCACAAGGUUUUCGCUGCCAUAGCUCAAAUUUAGCAAACAACCUCCACGAAUGACACAGAAACUGCAGCAACAGACGUCGCAGUUGGCAGUGUCUUGUCCCGCCUAUUCUUAGAGCCCCCGGCGUCGCGACCCCUCACCGCAUUUCCUCCCCGCCACCUCCUCCCUCCCCUCCAUUUUUUCACCCAUGCACAUGCGCCGAAACGUGUAGCCUCGCCCAGCCCUCGCCCUCCUCCCACGACGACGCGUACGUGCGUGCAGCGCGCGGUCACAGCCUCUCCGACGAGGCGUCAACCGCAACCACCGCGCGCGUGAACGACCGGCCGUCCGAGGACUUGAUCCCGCCCGUGCGCGUCCGCAUGGCGCGGCCGCGGCCGACCGGCCACCUCCGCCUCGCCAGUAUCGUCGUCGUCGCCGUCCUCUUGUCGCCGCAAGGGCUUUGUCCCGUGACGCCCGCCGCAGCCCAGGAGUCGGGCGGCACGGAGGCCGACGUGCUGAUCGCGUUCCGGGACACGCUGCACGGGUCGGACGGCGCGCCGCCGGGCCCGCUGCGGAGCUGGGGUACCCCGGGCCCUUGCCGGAGCAACACCUCGUCGUGGUACGGUGUGUCGUGCCACGGCAACGGCACCGUGCAGGGGCUGCAGCUGGAGCGGCUCGGCCUGGCGGGCGCGGCCCCGGACCUGGGCGCGCUCGGCGUGCUCCCGGGCCUGCGCGCUCUCAGCCUCUCCGACAACUCGCUCACCGGCGCGUUCCCCAACGUGUCCGCGCUCGCCGUGCUCAAGAUGCUCUACCUGUCGCGAAACCGGCUGUCCGGCGUCAUCCCGGACGGCACGUUCGGGCCCAUGCGCGGCCUCCGGAAGCUGCACCUCACCGGCAAUGACUUCUCCGGGCCAGUGCCCGGAUCCAUCACGUCGCCGCGGCUCCUGGAGCUGUCGCUCGCGAACAACCGCUUUGACGGCCCGCUGCCGGAUUUCUCGCAGCCCGAGCUGAGGUUCGUCGACGUCUCCAACAACAACCUCUCCGGCCCGAUCCCCGAAGGCCUCAGCCGCUUCAACUCGAGCAUGUUCGCAGGCAACAAGUUCCUCUGUGGCAAACCACUGGACGUCGCCUGUGAUAACUCGGGGUUGCCGCGCUCCGGCAUGUCGACCAUAAUGAUCAUCGCCAUCGUGCUCAUCAUCCUCGGCGUGCUCCUCUGCGCUGCGGGCGUCGCCACGGGCGUCCUCGGCCGCCGGCGCACGCCGAGGCGUGCGGUGGCCGAGACGCUCGGCAGCGGCGACCAGACGCCUUCCAACCCCAAGCUCCAGACGCCGCCGGCCGUCAACAUCGACCAGGCCGCCUGUGCUGGCCAGCCUCGCGCCGGUGCCGCGGCAGCAGCAGGGGGCGCCGCCGCGGCGAAGCGCCCCCGCCGCGACGAGCACGGGCGGCUGGUGUUCAUCCAGGAGGGCCGCACCCGGUUCGAGAUCGAGGACCUGCUCCGGGCGUCGGCCGAGGUGCUGGGCAGCGGCAACUUCGGGUCUUCGUACAAGGCGACGCUCUGCGAUGGGCAGGCGGUGGUGGUGAAGCGGUUCAAGGACAUGAACGGCGUCGGGCGGGAGGACUUCUCGGAGCACAUGCGCCGCCUCGGCCGCCUCGCGCACCCCAACCUCCUCCCCCUUGUCGCCUACCUCUACAAGAAGGAGGAGAAGCUCCUCGUCACCGACUACAAAAUCAAUGGCAGCCUCGCCCAGGUUCUCCAUGGUAACCGCGGAUCGAUCUUGGACUGGGGAAAGCGCCUGCGGAUCAUCAAGGGGGCGGCGCGGGGGCUGGCGCACCUGUACGACGAGCUGCCAAUGCUGACGGUGCCGCACGGGCACCUCAAAUCGUCGAACGUGCUGCUCGACGGCGCGUUCGAGGCGGUACUGGCGGACUACGCGCUGGUGCCUGUGGUGACGGCGCAGGCCGCGGCGCAGGUGAUGGUGGCGUACGAGGCGCCCGAGUGCAUCGCGGCGCAGGGGAAGCCGUCCAAGAAGAGCGACGUGUGGAGCCUGGGGAUCCUCAUCCUCGAGGUGCUCACCGGCAAGUUCCCGGCGAACUACCUCCGGCAGGGGCGGCAGGGCACCGACCUCGCCGGGUGGGUGCACUCGGUCGUCACGGAGGAGCGAACCGACGAGGUGUUCGACAAGGAUAUCACGGGGGCCAGGGGCGCCGAGGCCGACAUGGUGAAGCUGCUCCAGGUCGGCCUGGGAUGCUGCGAGGCCGACGUCGACCGGAGGUGGGACCUCAAGACGGUCAUCGCGCGCAUCGACGAGAUCCGGGAGCCCGAGCCCGCCGACGGCGACUCGUCGUUGUCCUUGGCGAGCGACGGCGAGCACCGGUCCUAAUCACAUCAUGAUCAUGUACACCCGCGUAAUUAACCAAGCAAAUCCCACUGAUCGAUCAGCGUCUUGCAUGCAUGUACGAGGUGCAACCUAAUCGAGACGAGGAUUUACGUGGCGGGAACAUGCAUGGGUGGAUAUAUUAUUGGAUCCUGAACUUAAUUUGGACGCGUUGAUCGACCGAUCGAUUUGAUGAACAAAUGCGUUUGAGAUGGGAUAGGUCAUGGUAAUACGGUUUCUGAUAUGAUCCAUGGGGAAUUUCGAUCGUGUAAAUUGGUUUAGCUUAAUUUGUCAAAGAAAAAAUGGGUGCUAGUGUGUGAGGUAUACUCUUAAUUCCUUUUUCUUAUUUUCUACCUUUUAUUCGUACAAAUCGUUA